CUCCGAGGGAGAAAUUUGUUGUAGUACUUGGCACCAAAUACGGCUCCAGUGUGGAGAGAAUUGCUGGCAAAAGCAGCAGGAGCCCAGGCAGCAGUGAUGAGCUACCUGGAUGAAGUUCCCUUCCGGACAAGUGGCUGCCUCAACGGGGACAUGGCAGGAGAAACCACUCUCAUCACAGCCCCACCCAUCGAGCUCCCUGACUGCACUGACAUCCUCAUGAGCACCAUGCACGACUUCUCGCUGGAAAGAAAAGUGCUUUACUGGGUCGAGGUGGCCUCUCAGCAGCAAACCUCUCGCCAUCGGGUCACCUCCGAAGUUGCCCCCACAGCUCCACCAUGCUGGCUACUGCUGGUGGACCCUGCUGACAGCUACGGGGGAAGAGCACGGGAUGGGCCGGUGCGGCGCAGCAUCAGCCUGAGCGCUGCCCCCGGCAGCUACGGGCACACCAAAGGCAGAGCCUCCUUGUCCGACACGGAGAGUGAGACCUGGCUCUCUGAGGAGGACGAGUACUCAGAGGAUGAUGAGUACUCCUCGACCUCCUGGGAAGAGAGUGACAGGGAUGAAAAGGGUUCCAGGAGGAGAAGCAUGUCUCCACGUCCCUGCUUUUACCUGAACAGACCAAAGACAUCCCCUGGCUUGCUGGAGCCCUCACCAGAGAGGAGUGACCACAAGCCAGCCAGCCCAGAUCCAAGCAAGCAGAGAAGAUCCAUGGUGAUAUUUAACAACGUGAAGAACGAGCUGGAAGCAGCUAGGAGGAAGCUGGCUUCUUUGGUGCAUCCUUUGAACAGAGCUGCCACGGACAGCAGAGAGCUCCCAGCGCCACAGCCGCUCCCGCCGUGCCCCCGCACCAGGCGCAGCAUCAAGUACGGGCCAGCCCCAGCUGUGUCCCACCUGGGCACCCGGGUGCCAGCUCCUCCAGCGCCAGCUGCCCCCAUGCCCCCCAUCAAACGGCACAAACCCACAGUGCCGUCCCUCAGCCCCUAUGCCUGCCUCCCCCCUACCUCCAUGCCUACACGACCUCUCAGUUCCCAUCGCUCCCAGCCGGAUUCAGCAGCUGAUCUGCUCUCUGCACUGAGCCAGGAGGAGAGAGACCUCAUCGAGCCUGUUAUAGCCUUGGGCUACCCCACCCGCAAAGCCAUCCUCACCCUCCAGAAGACUGGGAGGCAAAGCUUAAGUCAGAUCCUGAGUUACCUGGGUGCCUGUGACCGGCUGCUGAAGCAAGGCUACGAAGAAGGGCAGGUGGAGGAGGCCAUGGAGAUGUUCCAGUACUCAGAGAAAAAGGCAGCUGAGUUCUUGCAUUUGUUAGCUCAGUUUAAUGAUAUGGGCUUCCAGCAAAAUGAAAUCAAAGAAGUUCUUCUGCUUUGUGGGAAUCAGAGGGAGAAGGCACUGGAAGAGCUCGUGAUGAAAGCUCAGUGAGCAGCAUCCUGGACCCCAGUCACAGUUUCCUCUCUUCAGACUGGACCACUGAAGGACUUGGAGGGGUUGGCACCUGCUUACCCUUCUGCUGCUCUAUCCUUACCAUGUGCAGCACAGCUCACCAGGCACACUGCACCAGCUUGGUGUCUCAUCUCACUUUGUGGACAUCCAUUGUAAGCAUGUUUGUCACUGAUGUAAGGCAAAGCCCUAGAGAGUUCAUCUCCACUCACUCCAUCUCAGCUGUUUACAUUAGAGGCAGUAAGACCCAAACCACCUUCAGCUUAGGUUUUGCAGAACUCAGGGCACCAUUUUUCCCCCCAUCUGGAUGAUGGCUGUCAUGUUUUCAACUACAGUCCAGCUGAGGAUUUUUAGAAGAUGACAUAAAUCAGCAGUAGAGAUUGUUGUCAAAACUGAAGGCUCCUGCAGAAACAUUUGUUGAUCCUUGCUCAGGAGGAGUCUCAGCUGACUUAGUCAUGGUGGAGUAUUAUAACUGAAGUCUGGUCUGACCACAUUAGCUUCCACUUUUAAACCAGAAACUUGAGAAGAAUGCACAAGUCACUGAAGGUAAGGAAAGAAAUCAGGCUGCCCUUGCACUAGUAAUACACAAGAAUUACCCAGUGAGAGGGAAAAUGGCUUACAUGAGGCUUUGUGCUCAGGGUGUUCUGUGAACAGAGACAAGGAACAGCUUGGCUGUCCCUCCUGCUUUGCCCAGAUCAGGACUAUCCAGGAGACUCUCCCCUAAACUGUGGAGACAGUGGCUCCAGAGAAAGUUAAGCAUGAACAUCAGGAUCAGGAAAUUCUGGAUGCCCAGGGGAUUAUUUUGUGUGUAACUGGAGGACACAGAAUGGGAGCUCCAGGCCCCAUUAUGGGAUGCUGCUUGGCUUGGUGGUGGAGCAGUGGACUGUGUUUUCACAUAAGAGAAUGUUGUCUUCCUGUGAAUUAGAUACAGAUGGACUUGCUGUGAGUAA